AUGCCGGAACCCGGGCGAGAAGCAGCAGAGCUUCCUCUCUGCGGCGAUAACAACUCAUUGCAGCAGUAUUUGGAUCAACUGCAGCAGCAGCAGCAGCAGCAGCAGCAGCAGCACGAGCCCCUGCGCUCCUACUGCAGCCUCACUUCCCCCUAUCCCCACCAUCUCGAAGAUGACUGCAGCAGCGCCUCUUCCGCGCAGGCAGAUAUAUCUACUAACCUUGCCCCGGCUUCCAGCGUGGUGGGCACUUCUCCAGUGUCUCUACGGGGUGCAGAUUUGCUGCUGGACAAGUUGCAUGCGCUGCUGCAGUGUCUGUUCAGCAUAGGGGCGCUGCAGCAGCUAGCAGUUCCCUCUCUUGCUGCUUUGGAAGCAAAUCUGCAGCAGCGGGUCUGCAGCAACUUCAUUCCUUACUUGUCGCCCCCCCUUGCUGCUGCUGCUGCCUCUGCUGCAGCAGCAGAAGCAGCAGCAGCAGCAACGCCCCGCGCAGCGCCCGAAGCUGCGGCAGCAGCAGCAACAGCGGCUCCCCAGCUGCUCAGCAGCAGCAAAUGCAGCCCUACAGUCACUACGGGAUCCCCGUCUGCUGCUGCUGCUGCUGCUGCUGCUGCAGACUUGCCCCAGUCUGCUGCUGAGAAGGUGGCUUGCAGCAGCGAGUGCGAGAGCAGCAGCAGCGCAGCAGAGCAGCAGCAGCAGCAGCAGCAGCAGGAGGAAUUAGCAGCACUUGAUAAGCGGCAAACGCGAAAGUACUCGACGAUUGGAGCUUAUGAGGAAGAAGCAGCAGCAAACGCAACAGAAGAAGCAGCAGCAGCAGCAGCAGAAGCAGCAACAGCAGCGCCUACCACUGCUGCUGCUGCACCAUCCGAAUCCCCGUCACUCUCGCCGGCAGCAGCAUCAACCCCAGCACCAACCCCAGCAGCAGCAGCAGCAGCAGCAGCAGCAGCAGCAGCAGCAGCAGGCAGCAGCAGCCACGGCGCUGCUGCUGCUCCUCUUUUCCGUCCGCCGCUGCCUGCUUCCUUCACCGUUUUGCGUCAGUGCAGCCUGGGGCUGCUGAGCAGCAGCAGCAGCAGCAGCAGCAGCAGCAGCAGCAGCAGCAGCUGGACGCACGCGCUGGAGUGGCCCGUGGACGAGGGGCUAGCAGCAGCUUGCUUCACCCCGCUGCUGCUGGUCAAGGCUUUUAAAAGAUUGGACAAAAUUUAUAACUUUUCAAAAAGACAAUUUGCUGCUCCUUCCAGAAACGAAUGCAGAGUCCUUCUCAACCUCGCGCAGGUGCUGGCCAGCCGUGGGCAGCUGAAGCUGCUGACUCUGGACGGCGACGAAACUCUUUACCCCGACGGCGGGCAGCUGCAGCAGGAAGAAAUGGCCCAUUCCAUUGCGCAGCUGCUGCAGCGGGGAGUUAAUGUUGCUGUUGUCACUGGCGCAGGCAAGCCUUUUGCUGCUGCUGCUGCUGCUGCUGCUGCUGCUGCUGCUGCUGCUGCUGUUGUUGCUCCUGCUGAUGCUGCUGCUGCUGGGGCAGCUGUUAGUGCUGCUGCUGCUACUGCUGCUGCUGCUGUUGCUCCUGCUGAUGCUGCUGCUGCUGGGGCAGCUGUUACUGCUGCUGCUGCUGCUACUGCUGCUGCUGCCAUUGCUGUAGGCUACGGCUACGAGGCCCCCCUCUACGCCCAGCGCCUCGGCUGCCUUUUCCGAGUUUUCCAAAAGUGCAAUUUGCCGCCAGCAGCAGCAAAGCGCUUUUUCCUCAUGGGAGGAGAAUCCAAUUAUCUUCUCUCGCUGUCUGGGUCGUACAAGCUGGAGCCGGUUCCGGAGAGUCAGUGGCGGGGCUACCGGCCCUUCAUUUCUGCUGCUGCAUGCAAACAGCUGAUGGACUUGGCGGAAAAGUCUUUAUUUAAAGCAGCAAAAGAAUUAAACUUAAAAGGAACUCUUAUUAGGAAGCAGCGCGCUGUGGGGCUGGUGCCGCUGGAAGAUGCUGCCAGCAGUGUCCGGUUUGGCUGUGUGGACAACAAGGGAAUGCACAAGGAGACGCUGGAGGAAGCAGUUAUGAGAAUACGCAGAGACAUUCGAAUGGCUUUCGGGGCGGACUUCGCAGUGCCGUACAGCGUGUUCAGCGGGGGCUGCGACCUCUGGGUGGACGCCGGCAACAAAGCCGAAGGAGUUGCGCUGCUGCAGGGGCUGCUGCAGCUGCUGCCGCAGCAGUGUCUGCACGUGGGCGACCAGUUCAGCCUCGUGGGCAACGACUUGGCAGCCAGGAUCUGCUCGCCGGCGCUGUGGAUUCGAAACCCCCGCGAGACAGCAGCAGUGCUGCAGGAGCUGCUAGCAGCAGACACAGAAGAAGAAGACAAUUAA